CUUGUGUAUAUAAGAGCGUUGGCAUUGACAUUGCCAGCAGUUUGCCACUAGGCAGCAACAGCGACAACAUGUUUCUAACUAAACUUUCGGUGCUGGCCACGUUGCUGGCCCUGGCUAGCGCACAGUUCUCGCCCAACUACAAGGAUGGCCGCAAUGGCAUGGUGCAUCUAUUCGAAUGGAAGUGGGACGACAUUGCCGCCGAGUGUGAGAACUUCUUGGGUCCCUAUGGCUUUGCGGGCUUGCAGGUGUCGCCUGUGAACGAGAACGCUGUGAUUGGUGGUCGUCCCUGGUGGGAGCGCUAUCAGCCCAUUAGCUACAAGCUGACCACGCGCUCGGGCAAUGAGCAGCAGUUCGCCAGCAUGGUCAAACGUUGCAAUGCCGUCGGCGUGCGCACUUAUGUGGACGUGGUGUUCAAUCAUAUGUCCGCCAAUGGCAACUCGCGCGGCACUGCGGGCAGCCAAGCGGAUCCCGGCAGCAAGAGCUUCCCAGCUGUGCCCUUCAGCACGCUGGACUUCAACCCGACCUGCUCGAUUACCAACUACAAUGAUCCCAAGAAUAUUCGCAACUGCGAGCUGGUGGGUCUGCGUGAUCUUAACCAAGGCAACAGCUGGGUGCGCGACAAGAUUGUGGACUUUUUGAAUCACUUGGUGGAUUUGGGUGUUGCUGGCUUCCGCGUGGACGCCGCCAAGCACAUGUGGCCAGCAGAUUUGGCUGUCAUCUAUGGUCGCGUCAAGAAUCUGAACACUGCGCAUGGCUUCAACGCUGGCGCCAAGCCCUAUAUCUUCCAGGAAGUCAUCGACUUGGGUGGCGAGGCUAUAUCCAAGUCCGAGUACACUGGCCUGGGCGCUGUUACUGAGUUCCGUCACUCUGACUCCAUUGGCAAAGUGUUCCGCGGCAAGGAUCAGCUGCGCUAUUUGGUCAACUGGGGCACUGCCUGGGGCUUUGCCGCCUCCGAUCGCUCGCUCGUCUUUGUGGACAAUCACGACAAUCAGCGCGGUCAUGGCGCUGGCGGCGCCGAUGUGCUCACCUACAAGGUGCCCAAGCAGUACAAAAUGGCCUCCGCCUUUAUGCUGGCGCAUCCCUUCGGCACGCCACGCGUCAUGAGCUCCUUUGCCUUCAGCGACACCGAUCAGGGUCCACCCACCAGCGAUGGCAGCAACAUUGCCUCGCCCAGAUUCAACAGCGACAUGUCCUGCAACAACGGCUGGGUCUGCGAGCAUCGCUGGCGCCAAAUCUACAACAUGGUCGGCUUCCGCAAUGCCGCCGCCAAUGCUCAGCUGCAGAACUGGUGGGACAAUGGCAAGAACCAGAUUGCGUUCAGUCGCGGCAAUCGCGCCUUUGUCGCCUUCAACAACGACGGCUACGAUCUGAGCAGCUCGCUCCAAACGGGUCUGCCCGCUGGCACCUACUGCGACGUCAUCUCCGGCAGCAAGAGCGGCUCCAGCUGCACCGGCAAGUCCGUCGUCGUUGGCUCCGAUGGCCGUGCCAACAUUUCCAUACGCCAGAACGAACAGGAUGGCGUGCUGGCCAUUCAUGUCAAUGCCAAGUUGUAAGGCAGCUAAUAAAUUUCAAAAGCAAUUCAUAAAUAAAUUACUUUCUGUAAGUUCAAA